GCGCACAAGUAUUUCUUCGCUGAAUUCUUUUCGCUCCUUCGUGCCUUCUGAUCGGUUUUGCAAGCCUUUGUUCGAGGAGGUGAGUUCUUUUGGUUGUCUUUUUUGCUUUUGUGUUUAUUGAACUGUGAAUAAUUUCAUAGCUUCUCAAACCCAGAGUAAAUACAGUUGGUCAAGAGACCAAAUCGAACCAGCGUGUUCGCCACUGAAUUGAACUCUUGAACCAGCGUGUUCAUCAAUCGAACCAGCGUGUUCCCCCUGACUUUGGUCAUGUUGAACUGAACGUUUAACCGGCCAGCGUGCCUUUACAAAGAAAAUAUCAAUACCAAUUUCCGGGUAAACUGACGGACAAUACUCUUUGAAUCAGCGUAUUCUCAUAUCGAAUCAGUGUGUACUCAAAUCGAGUCAAAGUAGUGUAAGGAGAAAACGUGUCAGUCUGUUUAUAAUUAUAUCACGGUUCAAUUCACACAGUUAUCAGGUAUUAUGCUGUGUUCAUUGUGCGUAUUAUUCUCGCUGAUAUUAUAUAAUGACAAUGUGAAUAUUGGGGGAAAUAUGAAGUUUUCCAGUUACUCAAGUUUAUAUUGUUUUCGACUUUACGAUAAGCUUACAUAUAUUGCGAUUUAUAGGGGAAAAUAUUUACAACGGAGAAUUCCACACGCUUCGCGUGGAAGCUUUAAUCCUUACAUUAUAACCAACAAAGAAGCACAUAUUAUAAAUGGAAAUAUAACAGAGGGUAACAUUAAGAAUAACAAGGCAACCUCUGGCAGACAACUGUCACUGGAAACGAAUGACAAUCGAAGGCAUUUUAUGAAUUAUUGCUUGACCCAUCCAGGCAGGUAUUCUUGUGCAGUGGACUCUUUUCUUGAACUCGCUUUUGCUAUUUUUGGAGAUUCGUUACAACAUAUUGAGCGUAAUGAGUUUUUUGAAGCAUUAUACGAAGCAUGUUUACAUUUACAAAAUUGUAAUGUGGAUACAGAUAUGAGCCUUAUUAGAGAACCGGUUUGGUCCUAUUUGAGACAGCGUUGCAACUCAUUUGCUUCAAUGUCUGCACAUGCUGUAUUUAGUGACAUAUUUACAUUAAACACAGUUGGAACUAUGAACCAGCAGUUGGAAUCACUUUUUCUCAUACGUCAGAAAAAUCAGUCUGUUUGUUCAUCCUGCAACAAUGAAAUUGUCAAAAAUACAUGUAUAUUCGUUAUUUAUACUACUUGCCAAAAUUUGGGUCACAGCGUAUUUCAAAAUUGCAUUUCUGAUGCAAUACUUCCAAGUAGCAGAGCACUUUUCUGUGAUUUGUGUCAACAGCAUUCUGGGGUUGUUUCAGUGCUGCAACAUUUUGUUACACUUCCAAAAUUUUUACUUGUAGAACUUUCAUCGGCCUGUAUCAGUCAAAUAUACUUUCCCCUCUCUAUGGAUGUAUUAGGUGAAGGUUAUUAACUCAAAGGCAUGGCACGUUGUAUAAGUCCUCAUUUCACAAUAGCUGUAAAUAAUUACAGUGAAUGGAUAUAUAUAGAUGAUUUGUGUGUUUCAGUCAGACGUUUUGCCUCAAUUCAGGAUCUUUUGAAUAGUUAUCCCAAUGGUUGGUUUUUUGCUAUAUUUGGAAAGUCUUUAUGCACAGUUCCAAAUGAUUUACAGACAAACUUCAUGCCUUGCCAAACAUCUCUUUUAGCUGACAAAUGCCAUAAAACUGUGGAAAGUGUAACACAACCUCAAGAGCGUGAAAUGUGUUUCAUAUCUGACAAAUUCAACUUCUCUCCAUGUCAAACUGAGCGUAAAACUCAACAAGAUAUGUGUAAUGAGAAGAAAAGAAGACGAUCAGAGAUAAUGAGAAAUUACAGAGCAAAAGUAAAAUGUUAAAAAGGAAGUGAAACUGAUAGGAGGCUUAAGUUAGAUGCACAAAAAAGUUACAUGAAGGAAUACAGAAAAAAAAAAUCAGCUAAUACAAAUGACAUAGACAAAUUGAAAAACAGAGCUAAACAAAACAACUACAACAGGCAGUAUGGAAAGAAAAAACUAUUAUCCAUAAAUGAAACCGAAAAACUGAAAAAAAAAGACCAAGAAAAAAGAAUACAUGAAGAAAUACAGGAGAAAAAUGGAAAAAUCCUUAAAUGACUCCAUGUGUAAAAAGCAAAUUGUUGACAAUCAAACUGCAUGUACAGCAGGAACAAAGUUGGCCAAUAAAAGGCCAAAAUAUUGUCCUGUAUUAAGUCAUGAUCAGUAUUUAUCACUAUUUGAUGCUAUGAAGUAUGGACAGCUACAUGAUCAAAAAUGGGCAGCAGUAAAUAUGAAGAAGUUUCAUGAGUCCAUGAUUUUCAAAAUCUGGCAUUGCCAAGUUUGCCAUGAGGCAUGGCCAUUGUCAGUAAAAAACAAAAAGGUAGCACAAUAUAUUUGUUCAAGAUGUGUACGAGAUAAAAACAGCAUUAAAAAGUUUUCAGCGGAAAAUAAUAUGAUUCCUUCCCCUGUUCCUAAAGAAUUACAAGGUUUAACCCAAAUAGAAGAGAUGUUAAUUGCACAUGCUUUUCCAGUUAUUAGUGUUUACACAAAACCAGGUGGACAAAGAGCAUAUAAAGGUCACUGCAUCAAUUUCCCACAAGACAUCCAAGAGCUUGCAGACACAUUGCUAAGAUAUCCAAAAGAACUUCCUAUAAUGGUCAUAACAGUGAAGGGCAAAGAUAACACUAGCAAAGAUUUAAUUGUUCGAAGACAAAAAGUUUGUAUGGCUUUGCAUUGGUUAGUUGAGCACAAUCCUGUCUACAAGAACAUUAAAAUUGACUUAAAUUGUUUAUCUUCCCUUCCAAUUGAAGGAAUUCCCAGUGACUUAAAGAAAGUCCACUGUGCUGUGGACAGUGAGCAUGAAAUAGAUCCAGAUAGAGGUCCACUUGAUACUGAUGAAAUACCAUUUAAUAGUGAAACAGAGAUAAGCAGCACUUUAUUAAAUCCUGUAGUUUUGAAGCCACAAAAGCAGCUAAUAAAAGACGAACUUUUACAACAGCACAAAGCUACAUGGCCUAGUAGAGAAACCAAUCCGUUAAGUGAAUUCAAAAUUCAGCUACUAGCAACAAUGGCUUUUCCCACUCUCUUCCCUGAUGCUAUUGGAGAUCCAACCAAUACUGCCACAAUGCGAGAUGUAACCCUAGGUGAUAAAGUAAAGCACUUGAUAAAGUUUGCUGAAAACAUCAAUGGCGAAUGGGUGUACAGAUUUGUGUGUCAUCCACGAUUUGCUUACUGGGCAUUUAAUAUGAUCCAAGGGCACAGACUUCUUAGUCAGGGUAGUAUAUUUCUUAAGCAACAUCCAGGUGAGGCGCAGCUAACUGUAGAACAACUCAAACAAAUGCUUACUUCUAAUAGCUAUUCUUCGCUUAUGUCUAAGCUGAUGCAUUAUGCCAAAAAUAUAACUGGUAGUAGUGCUUAUUGGCAUAAAUCAAAAGAAGACUUAAAGGCUACAAUAACUCAAAAGGGACCACCCACAAUAUUUUUUACUUUAUCAUGUGCAGAAUAUCACUGGCCAGAGUUUCACAACUUGUUGAAGAAAAGUAGCAAUGAAAAACUGACUCCAGCCGAUAGGCAAAAACAUGUUUUGGACAACCCACAUCUCUUAGAUUGGCUGUUUUCUGAAAGAACUGAUCGUUUUGUUAAGUAUUGGUUGAAGGAUUCAUUGCAGGCUUCGUGGGAUUGGUAUAGGUAUGAAUAUGCUGUCCAAAGAGGUUCUAUCCAUUGUCAUGGAGUUGCUAAGUUGAAAAAUGACCCAGGAUUAUGUUCCCUCACAGAGAAGGCCCUUAAGGGAUACUUGGCUUCAAAAUAUAGAUAUGAAAAAAAAAAAAUACGCUGUCUAAAGAACAGAUUCUAAAUAUGGAUAAUGAAAUACAUGAAGGCAAAGAAGCUGAGUUAAUUGUUUGCAGAUAUGUUGACUUUUUGUUGACAACCUGGAAUCCUUGCUCUCCUGAUGACGGAUGGUCAAAACCAGAAAUUCACCCAUGUCAAAAAUCAUAUCUUUCAUUAAAAGCAAAUGAAAUAGCAGAUGAUUAUGUACAUUUGUUAAAUUCAGUGGAGAGACAUACUACAUGUAGUACUAAAUGUAACCCUAUUUGGGAAAAGGGGGAUUAAGGUGAAUUUAGAAAACAACGUUCUAACGCGUUUAAUCGGCUUUGUCGAAAAGCAUGGAAACGCAUUUUGUAUGCGUUUAAACAGAUUUUUAAUGCGUUUAAACAACCGGCUCUGUUGCACGUCAAUAUUGCAUUUCGUAUGAUGGAAAGUAAGCUAAUUUAGUUGUAUUUGCAUGAAUAAAUUACCAGUGUUUUAUUAUAUGAAAUGCGAAGAUUAGGGUGCAUGUCUUCCAACUCACUGUGUCAAAAUGAUCAAUUCACCAGCAACUUACCUUUUGCCUUUCCUUUCUACAUAGCAGACGGCUAAAAAAUUGCAUUGCAGUAAUCAUCACAUUCCGUCUAUAAUAUCGUUUUUUCUGUGGCGCCUCAUGUACACCGACUUUAGCCCACUUGCAGUGCAAGAAUGUCGUGCUAUCAACGGAGCAACCAAACAAUUAGCACACGCAGGAAAGAAGAUGCGCUUUUCGAGUCUUCCUAAGAAUGGAGCAAGCAGUCGAAUUUGAGCCUACGGAUUCUGUAGUUUUCAUGUUGAAUACAAUAGCCAACAAUAUUGCUCAAAGAAACGCAAACUACCUAACGACGCUUCAAAAUGUUUCUAUCGGCAUAUCGGGCUUCACCAACAGGCUGGUCAAUCCUUUUUCUCAAGCUUGUUUUAAUCUUUUUAUGCUCUUUAAAACCUUCACAUUCGACUCCUUCGUUUUUCCUCUUCAGAAUUUUUGGCGACAAAAGCACGUCGCCAGAAGCGAAGCAGAAUCGAAGAAAUAAUGGCGCAAGCCUUCGUCAUGUAUUUUCGCAUUCAGGGUCACUGGUCACGAUGUCGUGACGCUCUCCCCGUAACAACAGAAAAUAUCAGCUUUUCGCCCGCUUUUAUAACGAGAAAACUUUGACUGUACCUCUAAGGAAUGUGAGUAAGCUUGUGCGCAGGGAAGAUCACUUAUUGAAUAAACCUCCAAAUUCUAUGUGUUAUGAAUCAAGGUUUCAAUAAAUUUCAUUCCGUGACUGGCAAGUGUGGGAAUGUUAUUGCUAAUUCCCUUGAGACAUCCUAGGCUGUAAUCUAAUUGGUCGGCAGCUUUGCAGGAGAUCCCAUUACAUAUCUAGGCAAACAUUUGCCACCGUUGAAUGAAGGGCGCAAACAUUCAUACAUUGUAAGUUUUUUGCAUCUAGUUCUGUUUCGAGAUGGAAGUUCUGUUGAUGUUUUUGGAUGGAACAGCUCAAAGGUAUUUGAAAACAACGGCACUGUACAGUGAAUUCUACGCUAUAAAGUACCGACGAAUCGAACCAAAGCAAGCAACACAGAUACAAGAAUCUUAGCUGGGGUACGCAUGCACUUACAAGAUUAAAACGUUCACGAUAAUGUACGUUCCUUAGUCCAUUGUAAAAUUUAACGACGACCAAAGUAAAAUUGGGUUGAAUUCGGUCAUGAAAAAAGUGUAGCAGAUCGUGGAUCAUGGAAAAAACGUCAAGGUGAGCGAUGUCAGGCUUACGUUGUUGCAGCGAAUCAAAAAUCAUUUGGUUUGUGUCCGUGCAAACGUUAUGUAGCACAAUCGCUCUUAUUCUCUUUAUUUUUAAAAAAGAUAAACUUCAUUGUCUGCAUGUUAAUGCAUGUUCUUACAUUUAGAUGAGUGACCGUGAUUGCUGAAUAUUUACAAAGCGAGACUGUUGCAGAUUUGUUAUGUCACGUGCUUUUUGUAACGAUAUCGCGCGUGGAUUAAAAGUAUCAGUUGCAUUUUGACUUUCUUGUGGUUUUUACACCGUUACUGUACUAAGGCCUUGUCAACUCCUCUACCAUGUCUCAUGAUUAUUGCAUUAUUGAAGUCUGCAAUUCGUUUUUUUUUUUGUACUGACGAGUGGUAGGCCAUUACCGGUAACAACAUUUUAUCUUUUUCGAAGCCACUUUGCAGCCCAGAUCGUGAUUCGAAUUUUCUGCACCGCUGCUACAGCGCGCUGUUUAUCGCUCCAUCAUGUAAUAUUCAUUCGUACAUUCCUCACUUCAGCUGAAGUUUAUGCUCAUGAUUUAUGUACUGAGUCACCGAGUAUUUAGUGUUUUGUUUUCUUCCUCGAAGAACUCCGCCAUAUUUGGUUGGACUUUCGAUCCCGCAUUUCCUCUCCGUUCCGAGUCCUUGAAUUAAGUUUUCGAUGGUUUGUCGAGCUGCAUUGCUUCAAAUAAAUCAGAGUAACCCCGGAUGACACCCAAUAAUGAAGCAAGUGUCCAUGUAAUUAUGCGCUCAUUUGAGGUAAAUUAACAGCGUUUAAACGCGUCGUUUGUAUAAAGCUCUUUCGACUUAAAAAUCUUUCGCACGCGUGUUUUGUGUGUUUAAACGUUGUUUAAAUACGUUUAAACGGUGUUUUAACACGUUUACGUUUAAAACGAUAGAAAACACGUUUUUUUGUUAUUCACCUUAAUCCCCCUUUUCCUAAAUAAGGUCACAAAUAUUGUCUUCAACAAGAUGACAAAUCUGAAUUACAUUGUAGGUCAACUUUCCUUAUGACAACUGUGCUGAAACAAGACUUGAAUUUGAACCAGUUAACACAAAAACUGGUGACAUAAAAUAUAAAGCUGUCAUUGUCACAAAACGAAAUGAUUCUAGAUUGAAUCGUCAUCAGCAAUUACGGCUUCAAGGGUGGAGAGCAAAUUGUGAUAUUCAAAUUGUUAUAGAUUAUCAUGCAUGUCUGGAAUAUCUUGUUAAGUACACAUCAAAAGCUGAAAAAGCAUCUUCUGUAGUCAAAAAUGCUUUCACCAAUGUUAUUAACAAAAUGAAUGAAACUUCUGAUACUCCUGGUGCCCUUAAACAAGUUAUGCUGAAAACUGUUGGUCAAAGAGACUACUCUAUUCAAGAGGUCAUGCAUCAUUUACUGUCAAUAAAAUUUGUAAGUGCAACUAAUGAGGUUAUCACUGCAUCACUUGAUGGAUCGAGAAGAGUCCAACUUGGAGCAAACCACCAAAUUUGUACUGUUCCUUCAAUAGUUGAUAUCUAUGCUGAACGUCAUAACUAUCUCAAGGUAGAUCCACAAUUAUUAGAGUACAAUUUUUGUCAGUUUGCAUCAAAAUUUAUUUUUAAAGGUUCAAAACUUCACCAAAGAGGAAAAACGGUAAUUGUGAAAACCUACCCUAAUUAUUCAUCCAAUCCAAAAAAUGAAGACUAUGGUUUAUUUUGUAAAUAUCAGUUGCUUAAAUACAAACCCUGGCAAUGUACACCAGAUGAUGCUUGGGAUAACCUUGAACAAUCUGAGGAGACAUACACGGCAUGUUGGAAACAAUUCUUAUCAACAGAUACUGCAAAAUCCUUAGUCCCUGAUUGGGAAACCAAACUGCAAGCUGUAAACAGCUACAUGUACAUAACACCCUUAGACAAUGAUUCUCUUGAAGAAGAUAACAAUGCAGACAAUGAAAGAGAGGAGUGGAUGCUCAUGGCAGAAUUAAAUAUUCAAACAAAUGAUUUUUAUGAGCAAUCCACACUUGUACAACAGGCAUAUUGGCAUCAGGUAUAUCAACAUUUCACAACAGAGGAAAUAAAUGCAAUGCCUCUGUGGAUAAACAGAGAGAAAAACAGAAGUAGUUCUCACUCUUUAUGCUCAACAAGAAUUGUAGAUACUUCAACUUUUAGUGAAAUGCAGCGAGUAGCUUAUGAUAUUUUUUUCAAUCAUUUUAGUAGCAGUGAACAAAAUCCUUUACGCCUUCUUAUUAUGGGUAUUGCAGGAACAGGAAAAAGUUAUGUAAUUGAUUCUUUAAGGAAUUUGCUUCAGACAAAAUGUAGGGUCUUGGCUUACACAGGAAAAGCAUCUUUCAAUGUUAAUGGAGUCACCCUACAUUCAUUGCUUAAAUUACCUCUUGGAACAAAGAGAAACUGUGAUUUAAAAGGGAUACCUUUGUAACUGCUUCAAACUAAUCUUGAGAAUGUUCAGUACUUAAUAAUUGAUGAAUACUCUUUUGUUGGCCAGAGUUUGUUAGGAUGGAUUGAUAGUCGUUGUAGACAGGCUACUGGACGGACAGACACCACUUUUGGUGGUAUUUCUGUUAUUCUUGUGGGUGACAUAGCUCAGUUACCACCUGUAGGUGAUAAACCACUUUACCAUUCUCUACCAAAAACAGAAAGACAAAUGCAAGGUCUUCUGCUGUAUCAUGAAUUCAAGAAAGUUGUUAAAUUGACUGUUAAUCAGAGAGUUCAAGGAAGUGAUAUUGAGCAAUCCAAUUUUAGGGCAUUAUUAACCCUAGCUCGUUAUGGCGACUCAACUAUGUCAGACUGGGAGUCAUUAAUUUUUCGAACUCCACAUAAAGUGAAUAAUAUUAAUGAUUUCAGACAACAUUCAGUAAGACUUUGUUACCACAAAGAAAAAGUUGCAGAAUUAAACAUGAGUAAACCUAAAAGUUUGAAUUAACCAAUAGCCAUGAUUAAGGCAUGUCACUCUCUUGGUGCACAAACUAUAAGUGCUGAUGACAUGGGGGGCCUCGAGCCUGUUAUUUACUUGUCAAAAGGUGCCAAAGUCAUGUUAACUAUGAAUCUCUGGACUGAUGUUGGUCUUUGCAAUGGAGCAAUAGGGACAGUACUUGACUUUGUUUAUGCCGAGGGUCAGCAACCUCCAUGUCUUCCUAUAUGUGUACUGGUUCAGUUUGAUGAGGAAUACAAAGGACCUUCAGUUUCUUCUACGUUUCAACAUUGUGUUCCAAUUUGUCCCAUUACCCAAGUUUCUGGAAGCUUGGGACAAAGAUAUGAAAGACAGCAAUUACCAUUAAGAUUAGCCUGGGCAAUGACAAUUCAUAAAUGUCAAGGUCUAACCCUCAGUAAAGCUUGGAUUGAUUUAGGGUCAUCAGAGAGAACUCUUGGAAUUACAUAUGUUGCUUUAAGUAGGGUGAAGAAAAUUCAAGAUAUGGUUAUUGAACCAGUGACACUAGAAAGAUUGCAAGCUGUGAAAAAGUUGACUAAUUUUAAGUUCCGAUUAGAAGAAGAAAAGCGUCUUGAUUUGUUAGCUAAUGAAACACUUAAGUCACAUUUUACAAUGUCUUAGAAUACUUUUUUCGUACCUUUAGAUACUAUUUCAAAACAAUUAAAACUAGUAAUACACUCUUCACAAAAUGUUUCUUUAAUCAGAGAUCAAAAUAAAAAGAUUUUGAUCUCCUGUCCCUGUAGUAACUGGUGGCAAAUGAUGUGGGCAAACCUUUCACGUUUUAUCUUGUCUUUUUUUUUGGGGAGAAAAGCAAAUGCUUUGUGCUAAAAAGUAAAACCUCAAUAGUUAAAAAUCCUUUUCCUACAGUGUAUAUAUAGUUUACAGAUAAUUUUGGUAUGUUGUUUUCAGAUCUCCAACCAAUUAAGUCAUGUCAACAAUAAAGUCAGACAACACAAACUCAGGUAAGUAUGUGUGGCUGUAGUUCUAAAUAAUUAUUUUAAGGUUUUAACCCCAAACUUAAUAAAACAGGAAGCAUAUUCCUGUUUUCUUCAGUGCAGAGGCUAUGGGAAGGUGACACGACAGUUACUGCAGAAUUGAGUACUAAAAAAUAGGAAUUGUCACAUUUCAUUCAAUUCAUUACCUGAAGCAGCCCUUCAUAAUCUUCACACUAAAGUCUACUUAAAGUUUUUCUGACCAUAUUUGGUUUCAUAAAGAUGGAAAAUUGUAUUAACUUGUUGAACAUUAAUAUUUCACAUUUCUUAUCUCAUUUUAAUUUUAUUUCCCCUUUCUUAGAUAAUCACCGUGGCUACAUUCAGAAUUUAAGCCCCAUUAAACGCUCACGAAAUCAAAAUCAGUGGUUCGAUUUUGACCUCCAAACCAGCCCAUCCAAGUUGAGAAGAGUUGUGGGAUUUAAUAUUGCAAGUCACUCCACAUUACAAGAACAUGAGGCAUCAAAAACAGCCGUAACCUUCAAAACACUAAGGAAAAUGACAAUAAUCAAAUCAUAUUCAACCAACAAUCAAUGGUCAGGGUUGCGCCAACCUUUGACAUUGAUUUUGACUAUCAGCCCAUCCAUCAAUCUCAAAAGACUGUACCCUCAGCUCAGCCUGCCAAAAAGAUUACACUUGAAGAGCUCCCCACACUUCAAGUCAAUCAGAAAGUGA